AUGGCGAAGGACAAGAAAGAGAAGAAGGAGAAGAAAGAGAAGAAGGAGAAGAGAGACAAGAAAGAGAAGCGCGCGCGCGAGGUUUGCGGCGCGGACGGCGCCAAGCGCGUCCGAUCGGACGGCGCCGGCGGCGGCGGUGCCGUCUCCCCCUCGGACGCGCCGCCGCCGCCGCCGACGCCUCGCGCGUGGACCGCGUUCGCCGACGCGCCGUUCGCGCCGUCCAUCGCAAACGCGCUCGCCUCCGCGGGGUUCCCGUCGCCGACGCCGAUACAGCAGCGCGCGUGGCCGGUCGCGUGCGACGGCGCGGACGUCGUGGCGGUCGCGAAGACGGGCUCGGGAAAGACGCUCGCGUUCCUCCUCCCGAUAUUCCAUCAGGCGCGUCGCACACACUGUUUCCCAUACGACCGCGCGGCGGCGGCGGCGGCGGCGGCGGCGCGUCCACCGUCUAUUCAUCAUCGCUCACAAACGCCGCCGCGCUGCGACGCGCUCGUGUGCGCGCCCACGCGAGAGCUCGCGAUACAGAUACACGCGGAGUGCGCGCGGUACGGCGAGCCGUCGGGGAUCGACGCGGUGUGCGUGUACGGCGGAGCGCCCGCGUACGAACAGAAAAAUGCCAUCGCCGCCGCCGCCAAAAAUACGAACGGCGUCGGCUUCAUCGUCGUCGCGACGCCCGGGCGGCUGUGCGACCUGAUGGAACAGCGCGCGUUAGCGUUGGACCGGUGCGCGCACGUCGUGCUGGACGAGGCGGAUCGGAUGUUAGACAUGGGGUUCGAGCCGCAGGCGCGUUCUAUCUCACACUGGUCCCCGUACGACCGCACGAUGAUGUUCACCGCGACGUGGCCGAAGGCGGUGCGAAAGAUGGCCGCGAAGUUUUUAGCGGGGGACGACGGGGACGACGGGGACGCCGGGGACGGGGACGGGGACGGCGGGAACUACGUGAAAAUAUUCCUCGGGGAAGGCGGCGACGGCGACGGCGCGGCGCUCGCGGCGAACAGAGCCGUCUCGCAGCGGUUCAUCAGAGCCACGGACGACGAGAAGGAUAAGCACAUGUACGAUUUUCUGUGCGCGCUGAAGGAAGGCAGCCGCGUCGUCGCGUUCGCGAACACGAAGCGCAGAGUCGAGAUGCUCACGAAGGCGUUUUGGAAUCACGGCUUCGGGAGCGUCUCCGUGCACGGCGAUAAGAAACAAAGCGAACGCGAGGCGGCGUUGAACAAGUUCAUCAGAGACGAGUGCCCUCUGAUGUUCGCCACGGACGUCGCCGCGCGCGGCUUGGACAUCAAGGGCGUGACGCACGUCGUCAACUUCGACAUGGCGAGGGACGUGGAGAGUUACGUGCACAGGAUCGGACGCACGGGACGAGCGGGGGAGCUCGGCGAGAGCGUCACGUUUUGGAAUCCAGACUACGACGUCGAGUGCGCGCCGGCGCUGUGUAAGAUCGCGCGCGACGCCGGGCAGGACGUCCCGGAGUGGCUCGCGAAGUACGAGCGCGCGAAGGAGAGCAAGCAGUGGAGGGUCGCGGACGCGGUGCUGAAGAUCGCGGAGCCUUGACGCGUCGUCGAGUCGCGCGUGAGCGCUUGUGAGUCGCUUGAUGAGAAUAUUAUUCCGAAGCUUGAACCGAGCG